AUGAGGAAACUCAGGGCAAGUGAACGCCAGAUAGUUUACAUCGAUGAAACAUGGAUUGACAGCAAUUUAACUUUUAAGAAAUGUUGGCAGCAUGAUACGGUUUUGGGCGCACAGAUAAAUGUCAGUUCAAAAAAUAGACUGAUUGUUGUCCAUGCUGGCUCUUACGCAGGAUUUGUUCCAGGUGCUCAACUUGUAUAUAACGCAUCAGUGGAAAAGCUUCUUCCAAAUUUACGACGCCAAAGUGUGGUAUGCAUGGAUAAUGCUCCGUAUCACACAAAAACUGAAGAUCCGACACCCACGAAAUAUGCUACAAAGCAAACAUUGGUAAACUGGCUGAUGAAGAAGACGAUAUGCUGCGAUCCCAAAAUGCGAAAAGCGGAACUGUUCAACGUAAUAGAAUGUAAUCGUCCUAAAAAAGUAAUCUAUAAAAUUGACAACAUCAUAAAAGAAAAUGGGCAUCAUGUUGUGCGUCUCCCUCCUUACCACUGUGAUCUAAACAAAAUUGAAUAUGUUUGGUCAUCAGUUAAAAGACUGAACAGGGAAAGAAAUGUGACUGGGGACUUAAGCUUGAAAAUUUUGAAAAAUUUAACAUAA